AUGGAAGCAGGCGCGUCAGCCGCGGGCCACAGAGAGAUCACGUUUUCUGUCAAGUUCCUGGGCCGAGUGCAGGUCGUCCGACCUGAUGGUCUGACUGUUCUGGAUGAAGCUGCUAAAAGCCUUCAGACUCCGGAUCAAUACUCGUCAGAAAAAGCAUCAAAGAGGACCAAAGUCCACCUCACCAUGUCAUUAAAUGGCAUCAACAUUUUAGAAAACAAAACAAAGUACCUGCUAUACACCUGUCCAUUACCCAAUGUGUCCUUCUGCGCCGUCCUGCCGUCUUCGCCUGAAGUCUUUGGCUUCGUGGCGAAACACCAGUCAGCUGAUAUCUUCCACUGUUACCUGUUCCGGAGCAGGAAGUUUUCUCACGUCUUGGUCACAGUCAUUGGUGAUGCGUUCGCAGCAUCCAGAGAACAAGCGAACCUGAACAAUGGACAAGAUCUGAUAGUGGAGGGACUCAGAUAUGAGAACAGAAAGCUGAAGAAGGAGAAUCUGGCUCUGAAAAAGCGGCUGGCGGGACCGCCGUCCGCGCUUGUUUAUUUAGACUCAGACAUGGAAGGAAACGAGCUCAGUCUUGACAUUUGA